CUGGGCGCACGCGCCGCCCCUCCACCCCCCGCUCCGGUUCCGGCGGCGGCGAUGGCGGCGGCGGCCCCAGCCGGGGGCAGUGGCGGCACCGGGCGCUGGGAGGUGGUGCGGAAGGGCCGGCGCCCCCCGGGAGGCUCCAGUGCCCGGCGGGCUCUGGGCGAGGCCAAUGGCGGGCGGGCGCUGCCCGCGGCCGGUCCCAUUGCCACCUCGGACACCCUCUUUGCACUCGGCUUUGAGCGGCCGCAUCGUAAGCAGAACAAGGAACAGGUGCCGCCUGCUGCUGUGCCAGAGCCACCGCACCGGAAGCAGCAUGCAGGGAAGAGUGGGAAGAAGCCAUCAGCGACUGACACGGGGGCCAAGCCUGGGAAGUGCCGCUCGCUAGAGGAAGCCCUGAAAACUCUCGAUUUGGCGGAUCUGCAGAAGGAGCUAAACAAAAGCCAGAGUGUAUUCCCAGAGAACCCCUCAGUCUGGGUGAAGGACCUGGCCAGCUACCUCAACUACAAGCUGCAGGCUCCCCGGAGCGACCCGACACUCAGCCAGCAUCCCCACGACUAUCCAUACUGCCUGGUGAGCAAGGAGCUACGGAACAUCAUCAGGGCACUGCUGGGAAAAGCAUCCGGUGUGCUGGAGCUCUUCUUCGACCACUGUGUCUACACCAUGCUGCAGGAGCUGGACAAAGCCCCAGGGGAGUCCCUGCACGGAUACCGCAUCUGCAUCCAGGCGCUGCUCCUGGAGAGGCCCAAGAUUGCCACCAUGAACCUGGGCAAGUACCUGGAGGUGUUGCGCUCCCAGCAGAACCGGCCAGCGAAAUGCCUCACCGUGCUCUGGGCGCUGGGACAGGCUGGCACUGCGGAUCUCCACGAGGGCCUGAAAGUCUGGCUUGGCGUCAUGCUCCCCGUGCUCGGCAUCAAGUCGCUCUCCCCGUACGCUGUGGCCUACCUGGACCGGCUGCUGAUGAUGCACCCCAACCUGACCAAAGGCUUCGGAAUGAUCGGCCCCAAGGAUUUCUUCCCCCUCCUGGACUUUGCCUUCAUGCCCAACAACUCACUACCCCCCAGCCUGCAGGAACAGCUCCGGCGGCUCUACCCACGCCUGAAGGUGCUGGCAUUCGGUGCGAAGCCGGAGACGGCACUGCACACCUACUUCCCCUCCUUCCUGUCUCGAGCCACACCGAGCUGCCCUCCUGGCAUGAAAAAAGAGCUCCUGACCUCCAUGAGCCGGUGCCUGAGCCUGGACCCACUGAGCUUCAGCGUCUGGAGGCAGCUCUACACCAAGCAUCUCUCCCAGUCCAGUUUGCUCCUGAACCAUCUGCUAGAGUCCUGGGACAGCACCAGCAAGAAGGUUCGUCAGUCACUGCAGGAAACUGUGCACUCGUUCAAGGUAACAAAUGAGGAGCUCGUGACGAGAGGGUCCGGCAGUGCCCAGGACGUGGCCACCUGUGACGCUGCCUGCAAGGAGCUGCUUCGCAAGAUGAGGGGCCGGGGCUUCCCCUGGCUGCGGCUCCUGCUCGUCCUCCUGGUGUUUGCCACGGGCUUCCUCCUGCACGACGUCCGGACACACGGCUCCUUCCAGGCCUCCUCCUCCACUCACCUGCUCCGUUCAUCUGGCAUCCUGCCAGCCUCGCAGCAAGCCUGGCAGCGCAUCUCCUACUGCUGCCUCGAGGGAUACAGGUGGCUGGAGCAGAGCCUCCCGGCCUACGGCUCCCAGGCAGUGUCCAUCCUGCAGCCGGGGCUGGAGCUGCUCUGGGUGAAGGGUGGCGAGGUGGCCAUGUCCAUGUCCCAGCUCUGUUCCUCACUGCUCUCCUGGCUCCACAGCAGCCUGCCCUGCGUCGCUGAGUGGCUCCAGUCCCGGCUCCCAGAGGCCCUGCUGCACUUUACUGAGUGUGUCCGGGAGCUGCUGCUUUUCCUGGUGCGGAGCUGCCUGCUGCCGCUGCUGGAGUGCAUGGCCGCGGCCCUGGAGCAAGGUUGGAAGCACUGGCUGGAAUCCUGCAACGGAGAAUCAUCGUGGAGCUGCGUGAGGGAGCACCUGGCAAAUGUCACCUAUUCCACCUGGAUUUAUCUAGAAAACACAACCGUAUCCAUCACAAACUGGGCCUCAGCUGUGAUUUCGGGACACUGAUCUGUGUUCCGGAGGAGUGGGGACACGGUCAAGCCAUCUCCUUAUGUCCCGCGGAGCAUCUCCAGGGUGACUCGUGUUGGCCAUGGGAUGGAGAUGCCAAGGGGGACGCACACGGGGACUCUGGGCUUGGAUCAGAGCUUACGGGGGGAGGCAUUUUCCUUGGGAAACAUGGUUUUCUGCACCCUAUGGAAUGCUUUUGCCUUUCCCUGUCUGCCUGUCCCUCCCCUCAGUCUCAACUGGCCGAGCAAUCCCUGUGCUUCACCUGAUGCUGAUAUCCAGACACCUCUCCGAGUCUACUACUCCACACACACUUCCCAGCUUUCCCAGGUCAUCAAACUGGACUCAUUUAUUAAUUUUUUUCCCCUUUUAAU